CAGUUGUGAGGACUAGUCGAUCAAAGUAAUGAGAAUGAAUUACAGUGAGCCCUUAAUGACAGAGAAAUCUAGCUUCUUAGUAGUUAUGUGAAUUUCAGCAAACCUACUUGGCUUUGCUGAGUCUGUUUCCUAAACACUAAAAAAGGUGGAUUAUCGUCCUGUCCCGGGGAGCUGUUGCUAGGAUUAACUGAGAAGCAGGGUACACAAAAGUCCCAUGCACAACACUUGGCAUAAGGAUGGUGCUUAACAAAUAUUGGACCUGACUCUUGUAGUCAUAGCUCUUCCUUGCUGCACCAGGAAGGCCUAGCACCUCUAGCUGGUUCAGAUAGCAGAAAGGAACCUGGGCAGGGGCCCAUUACUGGGCCUAGAGCUUCCUGUACACCUGACACAUUCCCCUCGUCUGUUUUUACCAUGUGGAGACUAAGAGGAUCUCCUCCCUUAACCCAUUUUCACCUAUUUGCCUCUCCCUCUCCCCUUGUCUCAAUAACCUCAGCUGCCUAGAUGGUAUUUUUUAGUACAUGUGACAUUAUUUUCAACAUAACAUACAUUUGCAAAGCAUCUGCUAUGUUCUAAAGAUGGACCCAAGGUCCUCCUCUCCAUUCCUAUCAUCCAGAAAUAGUUGUCUGAGUUCUAAUUGAGAAGUUAGAUCCUUCAAUAACUACCAUUUGUUGCCGAACUGCGAUAAUAGAGGUACACACACUAAGUUGUGGAAAGUCCGGGGUGGGGAAGAGAUAUGUUCUUACCAGUGUAUGCACAUGUGUAUGGAAGAGGACGGGAAGAAUGGAAGUAUUUAAAGAGUAAUCAUUUCCUCACCUUAUAUUAUAUAUCAGCUUCAUAUAGUGUCGUUACUAAAAUGUGCCCAUUCUGUUAAGCUAGGUUCAGAGCUAGUUAAAUCAAUGACCUAGUAGGGCUGUUUCCUCUCAUCUUCAGAUUUAUUAAAGUCUGUCCACAGCCACAAAGUUUGUGGGGAAGGCUCAAGUCAUCUGAUGACAUGACAAGUAACAUGCUGUUGCUGAGGCAGGGGGGUGGGGCACAGGUCCAAGCAGUUACAAACUGGCUCAGAGUGUUCUGCUCAGACAUUUUAGAGCUUUUUGGAAUACACAGCCAUUCUGAUUAACAGGCAGUUUUAAGGCUCAAGGGGUGCCAAAACCUGGCAUUAUUUGAUAUUUUUAUUACUUAUUGGUCAAACGUUAACAUCAAUGGAAGUAAAAAGAAAUUCAUUCUUAGUUUGGUCUAACAAACUGUUUUUACAUUUCCUUAUUCCCUUUCAGCCCUUGUUGAAAUUCAUAAAUCCAUGGACAUGAUAAUACUUGCAGAUUAGAUACAAUUGAAUAUUCUACAUCUUUCUCACACACAGAUGCAUACAGAGAAUGAUGUUAAGUGCAGCAAUAUUCAAAACCCAGGCGCUGUGACAACAGCCCCUUCAGGCCUGUAGACUGACAGUCCCGUAGAAGAUGUUGGCAGGGCAAUGAGACACACCCUGCUCUGCCUGUGUUAUUUAUGUCUCUGGCAGUGAAGCCCCUGACAAAGAAGCAUGUCACUGGAACACAUGCUCUUUGUUCACAGAGGUGCGUGCCAGCACCGGCUGCGUAAGAACGGACAGUGCGGUGUCUGUAGUCUCUCCUCCUUUGGCUCUUUUGCCUUCUAUUUGCAGCACAUUGUUGCUGUGUUUAUUAUUUUGUAGCUUAAUACUAUAAAACACACAUCUAUCCUGUGAGCUAUGUACCCUAGGGAAAGAGUCCUUCAUACCCUCCAGUUGGCCAUAAAGAGAGGACAGAGUCUCAAGAUUUGUCCUGAUGCUAAGGAUUAAUACCAUCUCCUCUGGGAGCCAUCAGACUACCACUCUCUAGCACAGAGCUACCACGUUUAAGACUCCUUCAGCACCAUCCCCCCUUUCCUUGCAAGAGGACACUUGCAUGCUGUUUGGUAUGAAAAGCCCUCUGCAACUGUUCCCAACCUACAGCACCAAAGUAGCCCCCACCAUGCUAUGACUCCACUCUAGCCAGACUGAUGAUGUAGCAGAAGACGGUGGGCUGUGGAGUCAGACCUAUCUGGGUCUAAAUCCUAGCUCUGCUUCUUGCUGAACGUGCAGCUUAAGCUCCUCAUCUGUAAAAUGAUUAAAUUAUCACCUACUUCAGAAAGUUGUCUGAGAAUUAGAGUAAUAAUAUCAAGCCCCUUAAAGCAGAUCCUCAAUAAUCGCUUAUUGGCUCAUGAAACCGAUUUGUGUGUGUGUGUGUGUGUGUGUGUGUAAAAGCCCUCAUUGCAUAGCCCUGUGGUUCUCAUAACCUUAGUUACAGACCUUUUGUAACCUCCUGAGAACAUCUGUCUCCAUUUUCCCUUGUCAUAAAGACAUCUGCUGAGGCUACAAAAGGAGUCAGGGAACUACAUACUAGAAAGUUUUUCUUUUCCCAUAUUCCUUCUAAAACUUUCAUCUUCAAAUGUUAACUCACUCAUUUUAAAAGCUGAUAUAUAAUUGGCUUACAACUAAGUUUGGGUUGUUUGCCACUAAAACUUAGGUAAAAUAGGAAAGGGGGCACUUUCUUAACUUCCAUAAAACUUUAUGUUAAUGCAUAGAAUUUCAAGUUUUUCUUUAACAAAUUGUUCUUAGUUUUUGGUGCUUCUUGUCAGUACGAUCUUCUUAGAUUGUAUUUGACACAUUAUGUAUUUACUUAUUUUACGCUGAAUAUAACGUCAUUCCCCGGUGUUCUGCAAAGCACAACACUCAUCCUGAUCUGGUGCUCUAACCCCUGGGACCCUUUGAGCCAGACCAUGACAAAGGCUGCCUGCCAGGUUUCAGCGAAACUUAGACCACCAAGAAUUUACACACCUCACAGGGGUGCCCUAAGGAAUAAAUGAGAUUAAAAAAAAAAAAAAGUCUGCGGGGAAACCCUGAGGCCCUAUUAGAAAUGCUAAUCGUUUCCUUCUCUAGCUCCUAUUAAAAUGUUAGAAAACCGAGGGAGACUCUCCUGAACAGGGUGGGGAUGCUCGGCUGCUCUGUGGCUUAGCAAGCGACCCCAGCUGCCCUGCCAGGGCCGGCCGGCCGCGAUUCCGUCCCGACGGCGGGGGAGAAUCCUCGGCAGCACUACGGACGCCACUCUGCCAAAGGAGGCAGCGGGGGUCGGCCUGUUGGCCCCAGACUGUGUGGCAGGCAAAAGUUGAACGUCAAAGCCUCUCUGUCCCCGGCUUCUUCACAUCUCGCGCCUCCGCGGGCGUCGGGCCGCUCCCGUGAGCCUCCCCGGAUGGACUGGGUUUUAGGGACCCCCGAAGCCGGACUGCAAAGCUUCCCACCAGCCCUUCCCGCGAACCUCCCAGCCCGGGCUGCAAGCCCAGCUCCGGGCGCGACGAGGUGGGGCCGGGAGCGGGGGGUGAAGGAGUCUCAGCGUGGCGAGGGUCGGAGGGCGGGGAAGCCCCCGCACCCCCCGAGAAAGGUCUUACAUCAGCCGCCCCACGUGCAAUCGGAGAGGGAGGAAGUCGCUCCUCUAUUCGGGCUGCGCCUUUCCCCAGCCUCCGCCCCGCCCCGCCCCGCCCCGCCCGCCGCGCGUCUCCCCGCCCCGUCCUUGGUGCAGCCGCGGCCGCCGAGCCGAGCAGCGCCGCGCGGGGCCGAGUAGAGCCGAGCAGCUGCCGCGCCGCGUCGCCGGUUUAAGCGCAGUGCAGGCCGCGGCCGGGGGCGGCGGUAGUGAGCCCAGCGCUGCGCUCCAGCCCCCUUUUCCCUCCAUGGUUUCUCUCCGCUCCCGUGAGUAACUUGGCUCCGGGGGCUCCGCUCGCCUGCCCGCACGCCGCCCGCCACCCAGGACCGCGCCGCCGGCCUCUGCCGCGAGCAAACCCUUCCGACGGCCCUCGCUGCGCAGGCCGGGAGGCCUCUCCCCCCUCCGCCCCCGCCGCGGAAAGUUAAGUUUGAAGAGGGGGGAAGAGGGGAACAUGGACAUGAAGAGGAGGAUCCACCUGGAACUGAGGAACCGGACCCCGGCAGCUGUUCGAGAACUUGUCUUGGACAAUUGCAAAUCAAAUGAUGGAAAAAUUGAGGGCUUAACAGCUGAAUUUGUGAACUUAGAGUUCCUCAGUUUAAUAAAUGUAGGCUUGAUCUCAGUUUCAAAUCUCCCCAAGCUGCCUAAAUUGAAAAAGCUUGAACUCAGUGAAAAUAGAAUCUUUGGAGGUCUGGACAUGUUAGCUGAAAAACUUCCAAAUCUCACACAUCUAAACUUAAGUGGAAAUAAACUGAAAGAUAUCAGCACCUUGGAACCUUUGAAAAAGUUAGAAUGUCUGAAAAGCCUGGACCUCUUUAACUGUGAGGUUACCAACCUGAAUGACUACCGAGAGAGUGUCUUCAAGCUCCUGCCCCAGCUUACCUACUUGGAUGGCUAUGACCGAGAGGACCAGGAAGCACCUGACUCAGAUGCCGAGGUGGAUGGUGUGGAUGAAGAGGAGGAGGACGAAGAAGGAGAAGAUGAGGAAGACGAGGAGGAUGAGGAUGGUGAAGAAGAGGAGUUUGAUGAAGAAGAUGAUGAAGAUGAAGAUGUAGAAGGGGAUGAGGACGACGAUGAAGUCAGUGAGGAGGAAGAAGAAUUUGGACUUGAUGAAGAAGAUGAAGAUGAGGAUGAGGAUGAAGAGGAGGAAGAAGGCGGGAAAGGUGAAAAGAGGAAGAGAGAAACAGAUGAUGAAGGAGAAGAUGAUUAAGACCCCAGAUGACCUGCAGAAACAGAACUGUUCAGUAUUGGUUGGACUGCUCAUGGAUUUUGUAGCUGUUUAAAAAAAAAAAAAGGUAGCUGUGAUACAAACCCCAGGACACCCACCCACCCAAAGAGCCAAAGAAUAGUUCCUGUGACAUUCCGCCUUCCUUCCAUGUAGUCCCUCUUGGUAAUCUACCACCAAGCUUGUGGACUUCACCCCAACAAAAUUGUAAGCGUUGUUAGGUUUUUGUGUAAGACUCUUGCUGUAGCGUGGAUAGCUGUGAUUGGUGAGUCAGCCGUCUAUGGCUACCAGUUACACCGAGAUUGUAACAGCAUUUUUACUUUCUGUACAACAAAAAAGCUUUGUAAAUAAAAUCUUAACAUUUUG